UUCUUUCACAUUUCUGCACAUAGUGAUUAGCGGGGUAAUAUUUGUGAAUGAUUAUGAAGGACACCUCCUCAACCCCAUUCAAAAUUAAACACGUGCGGGGGAAGCAUGAAGCGCAAAUUAAGUAGGGAGUGAUUCGAUCCGCUCGUUUCUCCGGAGCUGCAGCUGAAGCUGCAGUGACGCGCUCUGCACGUCCCCGACGAAAGACCUACGCGUGACGUCACCGACAACGAGAGGUGUUCAGGAUCCUCGGAGAGAAAGAUCCCGCGCGCCCUGGCAACCUGAUAAACCCAGAGAGUCCAGCGAGGAGUGCAAUGGGAUCAGCAGUGCUCUGUCAGUGGAGUCUGUGCCGGGGCCAAGACUGAACUGGUGUCCUGCCAACACCACUACCCCUGCCCCAGCUCCAGCUCCCGCUCCGGGGCACGAGCCCAUGCUCAACCCUCUCAGAAUGGGGGACGGCCUGGACGCAGCGCAGAUGUCGGGCGGCAGCAGCAGUCAGGGGCAGGCCCAGUCCUCGGGUAACCCCCCACCCCCUGAGUGCAUCAGUCCCGACAGGCCAAAGCGCCAGACCAAUCAACUGCAGUUUCUGCUCAAGGUGGUGGUGAAGUCCCUGUGGAAGCACCAGUUUGCCUGGCCCUUUCAUGCACCAGUGGAUGCAGUCAAACUCAACCUGCCUGACUACUACACAAUAAUAAAAAUUCCUAUGGACAUGGGAACAAUCAAGAGAAGGCUUGAGAACAGUUACUACUUGAAUGCCCAAGAAUGUAUCCAAGACUUCAACACAAUGUUUACCAACUGCUACAUAUACAACAAGCCUGGAGAUGACAUAGUCCUAAUGGCUGAGUCUCUAGAGAAGGUUUUCCUCCAGAAGAUCACAGAAAUGCCUCAGGAAGAAACUGAGAUCGUCGUCAUGACAGGGAAAGGACGUGGGCGGGGCAGGAGAGAGGGGGGCCUGAACUUGAAACCAGGGGCCAUCAUUGAUCCUUCGUCCACGACUCCUCAAACCCGUGGUUUGUCAAACCUCUCAGUAGCACCGCAGAUCAGAGGACCUGUGCAGGGCCCACCUUCACUACCUCCCCAGCCUUUGAUGCAGGCCCACGUGCACCCAACGUUACCUAGCCACGUGCCACAGCUCGGAGCUCCCUACUCCCUGGGCCAAUCAGACUGUGCUCCUCAAGUUCCCAUCAUGACUUCUGUGCCUCCCCCUACUCAGACCUCCCUGCCUCCAGCAUCCAUCCAGAACACUGCCCCCAUGCUGCAGAACCCUGUUACCAUGACCAAACAAAGAAAGAGCCAGAAAAGGAAAGCAGACACUACAACGCCCACAGCCAAUGACCAACUCAGUGAAUCUUCGCCAGCAGAGUCCAAAUCUGGGAAGACGUUACCCAGGCGAGAGAGCGCCAGACCUACAAAACUAAUUAAGAAGGAGGCCCCAGACUCUCAGCAUCACAUAGGCAUGGGUAUCGGACUGAGCGGACCAAGCGGAGGUCAUAGCCCCAAACCACAAGAUCAACUGGGAUAUUGUGCUAGCUUGGUUAGGGAUAUGCUGUCAAAGAAACAUGCUGCCUACGCCUGGCCAUUCUACAAACCCGUUGAUGUGGAUGCACUUGGACUACAUGAUUAUCACGAUAUAAUCAAACAUCCCAUGGACCUAAGCUCCAUCAAGGCAAAGCUGGAGAACAGGCAAUACCGGGAACCCCAGGAGUUUGCUGCUGAUGUACGAUUAAUGUUUUCCAACUGCUACAAAUAUAACCCACCAGACCAUGAGGUGGUAGCUAUGGCACGCAAACUACAGGAUGUCUUUGAGAUGCGUUUCGCCAAGAUGCCGGAUGAACCUGAGAGCAAACCUCUGGUGUCUGCCCCAGCUCCUACACUUCACCAUCCUGCCCCUGUUAAGCCCCCGCCUCCUUUGGCCCACGUCGCCUCAUCUUCAGACAGUUCCAGUGACUCAUCUUCUGAGUCUGAGUCUUCCACAGAUGACUCCGAAGAGGAGAGAGCCCAGAGGUUGGCUGAGCUCCAGGAACAGUUGAAAGCUGUGCAUGAGCAGCUGGCUGCCCUGUCUCAACCACAAGUCAGCAAACCAAAGAGAAAAGAGAAGGAGAAGAAAGAGAAGAAAAAAGAGAAGCAUAAGAAGAAAGGAAGCAUGCCUAGCCUUGUGGAUGAAAUCCAGGAUACUAUACCUGUUUCGCAGCUCUCUAAGAAGAACAAGACGAGUAACAAUAACAAAGAGGUUGUUUCCAAGAAGAAACACAGUAAAAAGGAAGGGAUGAAAAGCAAUCAUCCACCCAAUCUGCAGCCAGUUCCCAGCCUGGAAGAUGACCUUGGGGCCGCUGGGUCAUCGGCGUCAGGGGAAAAGUGCAAGCCCAUGACAUAUGAGGAGAAAAGGCAAUUAAGCUUGGACAUCAACAAGCUUCCAGGUGACAAGCUUGGCCGCGUAGUACAUAUUAUCCAGUCCAGAGAGCCCUCACUUAAAAACUCAAACCCUGAUGAGAUAGAGAUUGACUUUGAGACGCUAAAGCCUUCGACUCUGCGCGAGCUGGAGAGAUACGUUUCUUCCUGCCUCCGCAAGAAGAAAAAGGCUCCAGUUGAGAAGAGUGUGGAGUCCAUGGCUACCUCCAAAAAGACGGGAUCUUCUUCAGAGAGCAGUGGCUCCAGCUCAGACAGCGAAGCAGAAGGGACAGGAAUGAUAAAACAGCAGAAAAAGAAGGGUCAGUCUAUAAAGGAGGGGAAGAAGACGCAUCUUCAUGCACAGAGCGACCCUGCUCAGUCUGGGCUUCAUUCCCAACCUCCAGGCCUUCAGCCGAGCAGUCAGAUCAAGCACCAUCAGCCACAGCAUCAGCAGCCAUCUCCUGCAGGCUUCAUGGCUCCCCCUGUAGCUGCUCUGGAGUCUUCUCAGUUACUGGAGACUAGCUUCGAGUCCCUGCCACCUUUCAACCAGCCCCUCAUGCAUCUGCCUCACCACACAGGCAACUCUUCCUCACCUCCGCACCUCAAUGCUCAUUCUGCUGGGUCUGUGUCCCCCGAAACCCACCCCUUCCUUAACCAGCAUCCCGUCCUCCCGUCUCCAGCCUUGCACAGUUCCAUGCCUCAGCAGCCGUCUCGACCCAGUCACAAGGCAGCGCCUCUUCAUCCUAAACUCCCUCAGCAGCAACAAGCAGCACCUCCUCCUCCUCAGCAGCAGCCAACCCUGCAACAGCAUCCGCAACAACAACAACAACAACAGCAGCAGCAGCAGCAGCUGCAGGUCCAGUCAGCAGCGCCACCACAGCAUCAGCUCCCCUCUCAGAUCCUUCACCCUCCUCAGCCUCUGCACCAACGGCCCAUGUCCCCCCCAACACUUACACCCCAGGGCUUGCUGUCUUCUCAGCCUCCUCAGAUGCUGCUGGAGGAUGAUGAAGAACCAGGGUCUACAACGCCUUUGAACCAAGUACAGUUAUACCUACAGCAGUUCCAGCAACCCCGUCAGCCCCAGCAGUCCAUGCAGUCGCUCCAGGCGCAGGCUCGUCAGCAGCAGCAGCAGCAGCAGCAACAACAACAACAGCAACAACAACAACAACAACAACCGGCUCAGACUUCUCUCCUGCAGUCUGUCCAGGGACAAUCUCAACUCUCAUCUCAGGCGACGCUGCCUCCUCCCCAGCUCCCUGUUCAGUCCCAGGCACCUCCUGCACCAUCACAUCAGCCCCCACCCCAACAGAUGCCUCUACUCCAGGCCCGCCACAUGCAGCACACUCAGCAGCAGCAGCAACAGAGCUACCAGCAGGGUCCUGGACUAGCUGCUCAGUCUCUGGGAUCGCAACACAAGGUGUCCAUCUCUACCAACAAAGCACAGCAGAUCAUCCAGCAGCAGCAAGACCUGCCCUCGCCUCGCCCAACCAAGGCUGACCCUUACACAGGUCACAUGAGGGACAACCCAUCUCCUCUUAUGAUGCAUUCCCCACAACUCCCCCAGUAUCCUCCUGUGUCUCACCCGUCUCCACCUCACAACAUGCAGCCCAAAAAGCAGAGGGCCCCUGGGAGCCAAGGUGUGUUGAAGGAGGAGAAACUUGCUCCAUCACCAGUGAUGAGAGUAGAGUCUUUUAACCCUGCAAUGAGACCAGACCAUCACAAACACCCAGAUAAUAAGCCUUCUCAACCAGGCCACGGCCAACAGAAUGUGAAGUCCAUGGACAGCUCGCGACCCGUCAUCCGCUCCUCUGAGCCCAGUGGGCCUCCGCCCUCUCUGCAAGACAAGGAUAAGUUCAAGCAGGAGUCCAAGGCGCCUGUUGCCCCCAAAAAAGUACAGGAUGUGAAACUAAAGAACAUGGGCUCAUGGGCCAGUCUGGCACAGAAGUCCACGUCUACGCCCAUGUCUGCAGUGAAAUCAUCGAGUGACAGUUUUGAGCAGUUCCGUCGUGUUGCUCGGGAGAAAGAGGAGAGAGAGAAAGCCCUGAAGGCCCAAGCUGAGCAGGCGGAAAAAGACCGGCUACGCAGAGAGCAGGACAAACUACGAGGUCGGGAUGAUGAUGACGUCAUGGAGCCGACCAGGAGGGUGCACGAGGAGCCACGCAGGCGCCUGGAGCAGCAGCACAUUCAAGCCCCUACGCACCAACCACAACAACAACAACAACAACAGCAGCAGCAGCAGCAGCCGCAGCAACAACAGCAGCAGGAGCCCCCGCCGACCGCCAUUCAGCAGCCUCCUCAACCCCCCACACCGCCUCAGCCCGCCGCACAGAACCCGCUCGACCAACAGAGGGAGCUUGCACGCCGCCGAGAGCAGGAGAGGAGGAGGCGAGAAGCGAUGGUAGCGACUAUUGACAUGAAUUUCCAAAGUGACUUAAUGGCUAUCUUUGAGGAGAACCUGUUUUGAGGAGAGGAGCACCUGAAACGUAACUGCAAAAAAAAAAAGAGAAAAAAAAGGAUUCCCUCGGGGGGAGGGGAGAAUAAAACUUGGAGGAUUAACACUUCGUCUAAAGUGAGAUUUGAUGAACCACGCAUCACAGAGGGACACGGACUGAGUUUAGACGUGACGGACGCUCGGCGGCUGGAUGGGAAGAUCACAGCUCACGGGGAUAGUCUCAUUGUUCUGGAUGUAAUUUUUCCCGGGGAAUUCCUGCGCGGCGUCUCACAGCAAGAGAGGAAAGGACCCCCGCCGGCACAGUUGCCUUUGUCACACUUGCUUCUCACAGUGUGCGUGGUCGCAAACAAUAAUCGCAGGAGUAAAGACAAUAACUAUGAAUAUGCUCUGAUAAUGUACUGACAGACUGUGCAGAGGUGUUUUGAAACUGCCAGAUGUCCGAGGUGAUGAAGAGGACUGGUCUGUUUUGUUUGUUGUACGUGAACACAUGAAUGGUUGGAGUGGAGGGAGGGAGGGGGGGGGGGAGCAACUUCCAUACUGUAAAUCCUGUAUAUUUCUCAGUGGAGAAGGUACACUUUGCCUUACACCUCUUUCCUAAACAGACCAUUAUGUUCUGUGGCCUGCACACAUGGACAAACCAAUAACAUUUAAAAAGCAGGAGUAGGAGCAGUGCAGACCUUUUUCAUCAUGUAGUAUCUACUGUAAAGAAGUAUUUUCUUAUACUACAAUAACUGUUUAUUUUUUUUUCCUCUCUGAAUCUUCACACCAACACACUCCGCCACUUAUGUCUAUGCCAAACAACCCCAUUAUCUUCUAUUACUUGUCCUAAAACAUGAUCAGUAGUUGGUGGGGGAUAAAAACCCCUGCGUAUAUGCAUCAAUCAUAGUUCCAGUGAGGAUUUUAUCAGACACAGAAUCAUUUGAAGAUUUUAAUCUUGCCUUGUAUUUCUUAUUUAAAGCCGCAACAGGAAAUCGUUAGCAGAAGAGUAGAAAGGUCCGGUUGUAUUCUGAGUUUUAGUUGAAAUUUAAUUUCACUACGAGUCUUGCACCGUUAUUUGUAUUACACUUUUAGACAUGAUGUUGGAAAGGUUCAUAUCAUUGGCUUGUCCGCAGCAGUCACACUAGCAGAAGUUAGGAAGAGAGGGGACGAGGAGCCCCUUGCUGUCGCGAGCGCUCUGACCUCACCGCGCGGUUUUUCGAUCACAUGUCAACAAGCGGAGCGUUCGCGGCAGGGAGGGGACAAUCGGGGAUAAAAACAAACACUCGCCACCUUUCUGUACACGUGAAUGAGGUUAGUAAAGAAAAGCUGAAGGGAGAAAGAACUUCUGGUUAGUUUUCGCAUGGAGGCGUCACCACGGGCACAGUGUCGACAGUACAAAAUAAAAAGACAAAACAAUUAUGAAAAUCACAAAUCUGAAAACGCUGAAAAAACUGUUUUGAUUUAUAUAUUUGUUCUUGUUCGAUAAUAGUGGAUGUGAGUUCUAAUUCUGUUCUUGGAGAUGUCGUUUGGAGCACGGAUGGUUUGAAAUUUGAACGCAUCUCGUCCUCUCCACUCGUCUCUUAUGGUGUUUUUCUCCAGUGCCUGUAUUGUAUUGCAAUUCUCGUUGGCUUAUAUUACACUUUGAGGGGGUUAAGAAGGGGGCGAGUCAGGAAUGGGGGGGGUGUAAUAUUUGACUGGGGAGGGAGAUUUUUGAAAGAGUUUGUGUAAAAAAAUAAAAGGAAAUAAAAAAAGGAAAAGACAGCAUUUUAUAUUUUACCCGUUGUCAAUAUUCGGGUUUUAAAUUUAGUUUUAGCUGGACUUCUAUGAGUGUACACACCUGACAACUACUUUCUCAUUUUGUUCAAUCAGCAGAUUUUAGAUAGAGAUGUUUCAGCAUUGCCACACUAGCGUUUGAGUCUGGUCUGUGAGUGUGACUGUGUAAAUUUGGACGAUUGUGUGACUGUGUGUUAUUGUUAUUCUUUUUUUUUUUUAAGUGUGUGGUACAAGGAGGUAUGUUCCGCAGUGUAGAUAAGCAUUCUAUUGAGGAGGAGGAGAAACAGAUGAACAGUACUUCAGGAGAAUUUGUUUUUGUGCUUAAGUCACCUUUUUUUAAUUUCUAUGAAGUCCACCAUAUACAAAUAUAUAAUUUUUAUUAUUAGGCUGGUUUUAAAAGGGUAAAAAAAAAAAAAACUUCAUUCCUGUUUAGCCUUUUUUUUUUUUCACAGUAACUGUUGGACAUUAUGUGCCAUGAGUUCUACCGAGAAUGUGCUGACCCGCAGCUCAGCCCAGAGUUUGCUUUAUUCAGGUAUUUUAUUUUGUGUUACAUGUGUUCUGUUGGGGGGGUUUUGUUCAAACCUUUUCCUCGAUUAUCGUUUGGUAUGUGAGUGGUCUAUCGAGGUUCCUGAUCUGUUAUAAGUCUGUUAUGAUCAUUGAAUAAACUCAUUUCUUUUAUAGAAAAUAAAAAAUAAACGAAAAAUG